UGGCUCUGUUCUGGGACAUGUACGCCCAACUAACUUAACUUCCUCUUCCGACAUGGCAGUUUCACUGAGGAGCCUCUUGUCCCUGAACCCACCAGCCAGCCUCACCGCCUAUGUCGACAAGUCUCUCUCCCUCUUGAGAACCCUCUCCACCGAGGGGUCUCUCACGGAGGGAACUGUGCUCCACGGUCAUUUAAUCAAGAAAGGUCUCUCCUCCGAGAGGUUCAUAGCAGUCAAGCUCCUGAUCCUGUACUUGAACCACCGGAGGUCGAGAGAAGCUGAUCAGAUCCGUAAGGGCUUUGAUGGCUUUGAUCUGGUCGUGCAGAAUUGCCUCAUAAAUGCCAAUUUUAAAUGGGGCGAACUCGACGAGGCCCGCUGCCUGUUCGAUGAAAUGCCUGAGAGGAACGAAGUCUCGUGGACAGCAAUGAUCUCGGGUCUCAUGAGUUGGGGAAGAGUGAGGGAGUCAAUUUGGUACUUUGAAAGAAACCCGUUCCACAAUGUGGUGUCGUGGACUGCCGGCAUUACUGGGAUGGUGCAGAACGGGCUGAAUCUUGAAGCUUUACAUCUCUUCAGGGGAUUGCUCCAGUCUAGGGUUAGGCCCAAUAGCGUGACUUUCACUUCCACAUUUAGGGCGUGUGUAGAGACAGGCAAUUUUAGAUUGGGGAUGAGUGUGUUGGGUUUGGUUGUAAAAGCUGGUUUUGAGCAUUCUGUCUCGGUUUCUAACUCGUUGAUCACGUUAUUCUUGAGGAUGGGUGAGGCCGAUCUUGCUAAACAAGUGUUUGAUCUGAUGGAGGAGAGAGACACUGUCACAUGGACUGCGAUCCUGGAUAUGUAUGUUGAAUCAGGGGACUUGGCAAGAGCCCGGAGAAUUUUUGACGAGAUGCCAAAGAGGAAUGAGGUCUCUUGGAGUGCUAUGAUUGCUAGGUAUGUUCAGAAUGGGCUUCCUGAAGAAGCAUUGAGGCUGUUCUCUAGAAUGAUUCAAGAAGGGAUCAAACCAAGCAUCUCUUGCUUUUCGUCAAUCAUAUGUGCAUUAUCGGACCUAAAAGAUUUGCGGGCAGGGACGAAUUUCCAUGCCCAUGUUCAAAAAAUUGGUGUGGAGCCAUAUGUUUUUAUCAGUACUGCACUCAUUGACUUAUACUGCAAGUGCGGGAACACAGGGGCAGCGCGACUGGUAUUUGACUCGAUUCCAUCCAAGAAUGUGGUCUGUUGGAACUCAAUGAUAUCUGGUUACAGUCUCAACGGCCAAAUGGAAGAGGCCGAGAAAAUGCUCCAGAAUGCUCCAGUGCGAAAUAAUGUCACUUGGAAUGGUAUAAUUGCCGGUUAUGUGGAAAUUGGACAGUUCGAUGAGGUAUUUGAGGUCGUGAACAGGAUGCUGUUGUCGGGGGAAGUUUUGAGCAAGUUCACAUUCUCGAGUGUGCUUUGUGCCUGUUCAAGCACAGCCUCGUUGGAGAAGGGGAAGAAUUUUCAUGCGAAGGCAAUCAAGCUUGGGUUCUUGGAGGACGUUUAUGUGGGCACGGGAUUAACGGAUAUGUAUGCAAAGUGUGGUGAUAUGAUGAGUUCAAGAAAGGUCUUUGACCGGAUACCCGAUCAGAACGAGUUUUCUUGGACUGUGAUAAUUCAAGGGCUAGCCGAGAAUGGGUUUGCGAAAGAAUCUAUUGAACUCUUUGAGGAGAUGGAGAAAACUUCCUCAAUCACUCCAAAUGAACUGAUGCUCUUAUCAGUCCUGUUUGCGUGUUCCCACUCAGGCUUAGUCGAUACAGGGUUGUCAAUCUUUAAUUCAAUGGAGACAAGAUACGGGGUAAAACCAUGUGCAAGGCACUACACAUGCGUGGUGGACAUGCUCUCUCGAUCAGGACGACUAUCUGAAGCAGAAGCCUUCAUCGACUCCAUGAAGGUUCUGCCUGAGGGCAACGCAUGGGCUGCCCUAUUAAGUGCGUGCACAAAAUUCGGGGAUGAGAAAUUAGCGAAGAGGACUGCUAGGAAGCUCUCAGUGAUUGCUGAGAAGAACUCUGCAGCAGGUCAUGUUCUGCUCUCAAACAUGUAUGCGUCCUUGGGAAAGUGGGCCGAGGUGAUGAACGUCAGGAGGCUGAUGAGGGAGAAAGGGUUGAAGAAGAGUGGUGGGUGCAGUUGGAUCGAGGUGAAAAGUUCAGUUCAUUCGUUUUAUUCGGAAGAUGGAUCUCAUUCUCAGUUUCGUGAGAUAUAUGAACUGCUAGAGCUACUAAGAAGUGAGAUGCUAAUUGUUUGUUAGUUCACUGUCUCAGAAUUCAACUGCACAGAAUUUUAUUCCCAUCAGCAGCACAACCUACUUCAUGGUUUCGACAGCUGAUUUGGAGACAUCAAGGUUGUACAAUUGACCCACAGUCGAGCUGCAGAGGGAGUAUUGCUGUUUAAAAAGCACGAGCAAGAAAUUUUUUGGUUGAAUUCAUCAACUCGGUGGCCACUGAUGGGUGGAACCUCAUCGAUAAUGGUGUUAUCUAUCUAUGUAACUUGUGCAAACCAAUGAAGUCGAGGAUUCUUUUCUGACUAAAGAAAAGUCGGGAAUUCUUUCAUGUGAUGAGAUGACUGUUCGCCCCGGUUUCUAUACAACAGACAUACGUCAAUGCAGAUUCAGCCCUGGACCUGCAGAUUUUUGCGAGGAGGAAUUGGCACGAUUGGAUUUUAGAUGAGUCUCUCCAACUCUGAUUGCAUUUGGGUAGAUCUGAUGCAGCCCUUCCUUCCUCACAAGGCAUCCACUGUGGCAGCCGCUCGAGAUCAUUAGUAAGACGUCACAUAGAACUGCUGCUCCUAUGAUUGACCCCUCAAGGCUGGGCAGAGGCAGCUGUUUCAGUAUGUUCUUUGUGCUUGUAUAUAUCAUAUGAAAUCCAGGUGUAUGUUCCUGUAAAUCGCUAACACCACACAUUACACUCUUUGUAUUCAUUCACGCCGAAAAAUAAUAGUGAUGAAAUUUUGCUUCAGCCAAAGAAAAA